UGUUGUUAUUGCCUUGCGGAGUCGUUUCAAUUCAUUUUGUUUGGCAUCACCGGCGACGUUAGAAGUACGACUAAAUAUUUUAUUUUUCCGUGCGUGUGUGUGGUUGGGCAACAGCUGUUUGAGCCCGAAACAAAUCAAAGCAAAUAUGACUGUGCAAAUAUAAACGCACAAAGGGCAACGUAUAAGCAUAAAUAAUUAAUUGAAAUUGCCGCAAGUAGAUUGCCAAUCGAUUAUGCAGUAAUGCCCAUUGCCAAGCAGUCGCGAACUAAUUUUUAUCACUAAGUGGCUCGCACUUAAUCGCACGAGCUGAACUACAAGACAAAUAGAAUUACAACUUCAAUUAUUGCCAGCCAAACGUGAAAAGGGAUCCUAAUUUUAACCGAUUUUAAUGACGAGCUAAUCUAGUAAAAGCCAAAAGCCAAUCGAACAAAGUUACAAGAUGGCAAAGGUGUCAAACUGGAACAAGUUUGUGCUGCUGCUGUGGAAGAAUUGGACCCUCCAAUGGAACCACAAGUGGCAGAUGAUCAUCGAAUUGGUGCUGCCGGCGAUAUUCUCCCUGCUCCUGGUUUUGGUCCGCACCUUGGUCGAUACGGAGCAGAGGGGAAUCACCACCUAUGACCCACAGAAUAUAACAGAUCUCAGUCUGCUGCAACAUUCGUUGCAUAGAACGUCCUACCUUGGCAAACUCAUAGCGCUGAUUGCACCCCGACGGAGGUCGAGCAGUGGCUUGUCGAACUUCAAGUUCACCGUGUGCUACUCGCCCGCCAAUCCGCUGCUACUCAAACUGGUGAAGGAGGCGUGGCAGAAUCUUGGAAUGGAAUGGAACGAUUGCGAAGCAGCAAACGCUGCCGAAUUGGAACUGAAGACGGUCAGUCAGAGUGCCUUCGCGGGCAUUCAGUUCGAUGAUGCCUGGGCGACUCUUCCGGAGGACGGUCCUCUGCCGGAUGACUUUCACUUCGCCCUGCGCUUCCCAUCGGAGCUGCGAACGGCCACAAUGGCCAUUGCGAAUACGUGGCUGACCAUGCGGCUCUUUCCCACGAUCGAUCUCACGGGUCCGCGAAACGAGGCCGAUCAAGAUGGUGGCAUACCGGUGGGCUACCUGCGCGAGGGCUUCCUGCCCCUGCAGCACAGCCUUUCGAUGGCGUACAUCAGGCAAAAGUCGGGCGAACUUGCUCUGCCGGAUGUGAAGAUGCAGCGCUAUCCGUACCCGGAAUACAUCUAUGAUCCCCUGCUCGAGGGCAUGUCCUCAAUAAUGUCGUUGAUUAUACUGCUCAGCUUCAUUUAUCCCUGCACGUACAUCACCAAGUUCAUUACCGCCGAGAAGGAGAAGCAGCUCAAGGAGGUGAUGAAGAUCAUGGGACUGAGCAACUGGCUGCACUGGACCGCUUGGUUUGUCAAGUCCUUCAUCAUGCUUACCAUAUCGGCCAUUCUGAUUGCCAUUCUGGUCAAGAUCCGGUGGCAGGAGAAUGUGGCAGUGCUAACGCACGCGAGUUUUACCGCCUUGGUCUUCUUCCUGAUCAUCUACAUCGUCGCGAGCAUCUGUUUCUGCUUCAUGAUGGCCACCUUCUUCUCGAGAGCGAGCACAGCGGCCGCCGUCACGGGUUUGAUCUGGUUCAUCGCCUACAUUCCGUACUCGUUCACCAUAAACACCUACGAUGACCUGAGUUUGUCGGCCAAGUUGGGCUGGAGUCUGAUCUCGAACACGGCCAUGGGUUUUGGCAUCAAGCUGAUACUGGGCUUCGAGGGCACCGGCGAGGGUCUGCAGUGGAGCAACUUCUUCACGCCCGUCUCCGUGGACGACACCCUGACCCUCGGUGCCGUGAUGAUCAUGAUGCUCGUUUCCUGUGUGAUUUACAUGACCAUUUGCCUGUAUGUGGAGCAAGUGCUGCCGGGCAGCUUCGGCGUGCCGCGUCCCUGGAACUUCCCCUUCACCCGGGAGUUUUGGUGCGGCGAGAGGGAGUACAUGGGCGUGGAGGACAUGCCCAAUGGGCAGGUGGAGCAGCGGGAUCCCAAGGCCUUCGAAACGGAACCGGAGGGCAAGCACAUCGGCCUGCAGAUGCGGCACCUCAAGAAGCGAUUCGGGGACAAGAUGGUGGUGAAGGGUCUCUCCAUGAAUAUGUUCGAGGACGAGAUUACGGUCCUGCUGGGACACAAUGGAGCCGGCAAGACCACCACCAUAUCGAUGCUGACGGGCAUGUUCCCUCCAACGAGCGGAACAGCGAUCAUAAAUGGCAGCGACAUACGCACCAAUAUCGAAGGAGCCCGCAUGUCGCUGGGCAUCUGUCCGCAGCACAAUGUACUCUUCGACGAGAUGAGUGUGUCGAACCACAUUCGAUUCUUCAGCCGAAUGAAGGGACUGCGCGGCAAGGCCGUCGAACAGGAGGUGGCCAAGUACCUAAAGAUGAUCGAGCUGGAGGACAAGGCGAAUGUGGCCUCGUCGAAGCUCUCCGGCGGCAUGAAGCGCAAACUCUCUGUUUGCUGUGCCCUCUGCGGCGACACAAAGGUGGUGCUGUGCGAUGAGCCCAGUUCCGGAAUGGAUCCGUCGGCCAGGCGACAGCUGUGGGAUCUCCUGCAGCAGGAGAAGGUGGGACGCACCCUACUGCUGACCACUCACUUUAUGGACGAGGCCGAUGUGCUGGGCGAUCGGAUUGCCAUCAUGUGCGACGGCGAACUCAAGUGCCACGGAACCUCCUUCUUCCUGAAGAAACAAUAUGGAUCGGGUUACCGUUUGAUCUGUGUGAAGCGCGACGACUGCGAGACGAAUGAGGUGACUGCCCUGUUGAACAAAUACAUACCAGGCUUGAAGCCCGAGUGCGAUAUUGGUGCGGAGCUGUCCUACCAACUGCCCGAUAGCGCCUCUGCCAAGUUCGAGGAGAUGUUUGGCCAGCUGGAGGAACAGUCGCAGGAACUGCAUCUGAAUGGCUAUGGCGUGGGCAUCACCUCGAUGGAGGAGGUGUUCAUGAAGGUCGGCGCCGAAAAGGACAGCACCGGCAACCUGAAGGACCAAAGUGAGAUUAUGAACGGCGGCAGCGGCUUCCGUGGCGAGGAUGACAACGAAUCCGUACAGUCCGAUGGCAUCUUCUCGGAGAAUCGCCGCCUGCUCCAGGGACUCCAACUGCUGUCGAAUCAAUGGAAGGCCAUGCUGCUCAAGAAGUUCCUCUAUACGUGGCGCAACAAGUUGCUGCUGCUGAUCCAGAACAUAAUGCCGGUGUUUUUCGUGGUCGUCACUAUCCUGAUCAUCGAAACGCAGGGUACUUUCAUGGAGCUGAAGCCCAUCACCAUGUCGUUGACCCAAUAUCCCCUGGCUGUGACCGUUUUGGAUCGUUCCAAUGUUAAGACCGAUGUGAACAGCAUUGAGAUAGCAAACAAAUACGAGGAGCUGGCCCAAUCGUAUGGUAGCAACUACGCUCUGGAAGUUACUGGCAACCAAAGCUUCACUGACUAUAUUUUGGAGCUGGGAAAAACGAUCCAGGUGCGCAUCAACUCGCGCUAUUUGGUGGCUGCCAGUGUGAAUGAAUCGGGGAUCAUUGCCUGGCUGAACAAUCAGGCCUUGCACACGGCUCCGCUGACCGUCAACAUGGUGCACAAUGCGAUUGCCAAGCAGCUGAUGGGCGACAAGGUGGCCAUCCAGGUGACGAACGCACCAUUGCCCUACACCACCAGCACUCUGCUCUCGCAGCUGAGCACGGGCAACAACUUGGGCACCCAGCUGGCCUCCAAUCUGUGCUUCUGCAUGUGCUUCGUCAGCUCGAUCUACAUCCUGUUCCUGAUCAAGGAGCGCGAGUCCAGGGCCAAGUUACUGCAGUUCGUGGGCGGCGUGAAGGUGUGGACCUUCUGGUUGACGCAGUUCAUCUGUGAUUUCGCCACCUACAUUGUUACGGCUCUGAUCGUUGUGAUCACGAUCGUCUGCUUCCAGGAGCCCGGGCUGUCCAGCUUUGGGGAACUGGGCAGAUACUUCCUGCUGCUGUUGCUCUUUGGCUUCGCCGUGCUGCCCUUUAUCUAUAUAAUGUCGCUGUUCUUUAAGGAGCCGGCAACUGGUUUUGCCCGGGUCUCCAUUGUCAACAUCUUUUGCGGGAUGGCUCUGUUCAUUGUGGUUGUGGUGAUGUCCUCGGAGUUCUUCGACACCAAGGACACGGCGGAUAUUCUGGGCUGGAUCUUCCGCAUCUUUCCGCACUUUUCGCUGGCCAUGGGUUUGAACAAGGUCUACACGAAUACGGCAACGAGGAAUGCCUGCGCCAAGGCAGGAGCGCUCCCACCCAUUCUGCUCUGCGAAUUGGUGCCACAGUGCUGCAACAUAAAACCCUUCUUUGCUUGGGAAGAGCCGGGCGUUUUGCCCGAGACCCUCUACAUGACGGUCACCGGCAUUGUUUUCUUCCUCGUCAUCAUUGUGCUGGAGUUUAGAUUGAUCAACGAGCUGAUGUUCAAGAUCCGUCAAAUGAUGACUAAACCACCGCCGCCACCACCAGAGGGUCACUUGGAUGACGACGUGGCCAACGAAAGGCAGCGAAUCCUGCACAUGUCCUCCGAUGAGCUGGUGACCAAGAAUCUGGUGCUGGAUCGGGUCACCAAGUACUACGGUCAGUUCCUGGCCGUCAAUCAGGUGUCGCUCUGCGUACAGGAAGUCGAAUGCUUUGGGCUGCUGGGCGUGAACGGAGCGGGCAAAACGACCACGUUUAAGAUGAUGACCGGCGACGAGCGGAUCAGCUCGGGUGCCGCUUACGUUCAAGGUCUGAGCCUCGAAUCGAACAUGAACAGCAUUUACAAGAUGAUCGGCUACUGUCCGCAGUUCGAUGCCUUGCUGGACGAUCUGACGGGUCGCGAGGUGCUGCGCAUUUUCUGCAUGCUACGAGGUGUGCAGGAGUCGCGCAUCCGUCAGUUGUCCGAGGACCUGGCCAAAUCCUUUGGCUUCAUGAAGCACAUCGAUAAGCAGACGCACGCAUAUAGUGGCGGUAAUAAGCGAAAGCUUAGCACGGCCAUUGCUGUGAUCGGAAGUCCGUCCGUGAUUUACCUAGACGAACCCACCACCGGCAUGGAUCCGGCGGCCAGGCGCCAACUGUGGAAUAUGGUCUGUCGCAUCCGGGACUCGGGUAAAUCCAUCGUGCUAACAUCGCACAGCAUGGAGGAGUGCGAGGCGCUGUGCACGCGAUUGGCCAUCAUGGUGAACGGGGAGUUCAAGUGCAUUGGCUCCACGCAGCACCUGAAGAACAAGUUCUCCAAGGGCCUGAUCCUCAAGAUCAAGGUGCGUCGCAAUCUGGAGGCGUUGCGGCAGGCGCGAUUGAGCGGCGGUUAUGCGCGGAAUCCAGACGAGCAGACGGUGCCGGCCCAAAUGGCCCAGCAGGACAUCGAUGCCGUCAAGGCGUUUGUGGAGCACGAAUAUCCACACUCCAUUCUCCAGGAGGAGUACCAGGGCAUUUUGACGUUCUACAUUCCAUUGACUGGGGUGAAAUGGUCGCGCAUAUUUGGACUGAUGGAGAGCAAUCGUGACCAGCUGAAUGUGGAGGACUACUCGGUCAGCCAGACGACGCUGGAGGAGAUCUUCCUGGAGUUCGCCAAGUACCAGCGCGAGGAUACGCGCGCCAAUCAGUGAGCUAGCCCCCGAACAAAAGACCCAACACCCAGUUGCUAACACCACCUGGCUUUUAACGGGCUUCUCGCUUCCCGGCCUCAUCUAUCUACCUGUCGCAUCGCACAUCGCCGCAUUGCCAGCACCAAAACAACACAACACGAGCACUGCAGCUUCGCCAAAAAACAACAUCCAGUUUCUCAUACACGACACAUUGCGGAGUAGUCCAUCUGCCAUUUUAUUAUGAAUUUUGUUUAACGAUUUUUUGUUUGUAGUUUUAGUAGCUAACAUCUUUAGUAAUGCGUUAGAUAUCAACUAACCCAGCCACAUGCGUGUAUCCCUUGGUAGCUAACCCGAAACUUUGAGUCCCGAGCUAAUUUUAACCGUGUGUUAUGUUUUUAUCUACUCCCUUUUUGAAACGUUUCCCCAUUGAUAUCCAGCCGCCUUUCCGAACUGAGGAAACUGUGCAAGUGCCUGCUAGCUAAUGAGUAUUGAAACCACUACCUGAACGGAUCCGAAUCAAUCCAAUCCGAUCGAUCCGAUCCGAUCCGAUCCUGACCUGAUCUUACACACUCACAGAUUAAAAAACGUUGUAUAGCAAAGCAACGACGAUGCCUGAACAGCUAACAAAUAGUUUCUAAGCUCGACCUGACAAUAGAUAGCAGCGAUUAUGCCUUUUUCAUUGUGAUCAUCUAGCGAAAUGUACACUAUAACGAAGAGAGUUCUACACAUUGUAUGUUUGCUAUAUAUAUAUAUAUGUAUAUGUAUAGUUAUAUCUGCUUGAAAUGCACGAUAAGUUACCGUGAUCUUUUAGUUUCGUUUAAUAAUUUUAUUUUCGCCCCAAAAGUAUUGAAAAAUAUUCCCAGCGCCCAAAGGAAACGUCUUACAUAUAGAACUAUGUGUAUUUAUUUCGAUGUACUUAGAGCGGCUAACCAAAGCGUGUAAAUAAGUCAAUUUAACUGUGGCACAAACUCUACGGAUACAUAUGAGAAUUUACAAAUUAUGUUAAAUGUAUACUAUACGAUUGAAUUAAAUUUUAUCUAAAUGUAAA